AUGUUUGAUCUUCUAAGCUCACCAUUUUUCCGAUAUGUUUUGAUUGGUAAAUCUGUCCAUUUCAGUCGGUGCCUAGCAAGGUCUGGCUACAGGCCCUGCACCGUGGACAGCGAAGCCGACGGCGUGAAACGCCCGGGUGACGAAGUGCCGGGCAGUGGCCAGGCAUCUUUCGCCCCACUGACCUCUGGCUUUGUCUUGGUUAAGGCCUCUUCAGCGGUGCAGACACCCUGCGGCCAGCGCUCCGUCGAGGAGCUACGGCGCCUGCGCUGCUUCGUGUUAGGAGCCAGUCGAGGUGAGCUGGUCCACAGCGCUCCCUCGGGCCGUGGAACGCUUUUUUGGAACUUCGCGGAGGCAAUCCAGGAUGACGCCUGUCAGCACUUGGCCUUGCGCUCCCUGAGUCCAGGUGAGACAAUCUUCCAGGAAGGCUGCCAGGCUGAGGACCUCUUCAUUGUUCUCUCAGGUGUUGUGCAGCUCCAGCUGCGAAGAGAUGAACUUGACCUGGGACUUGAGCUGCGCCCCAAGGCGCCGGUGGACGAGGUCGUGGCGUUGGAGCAGAUCAAUUUGACCCGGAGCCCCAUGGCUUGCGACUUCGUCCUGGAACAGAAGACCACUGUGGCGCAAGUAGCAACCAACCAUCGGACCACGCUGCGGCUGCUACGCGGCCGAACGGAGCAGAACUUGCCGCGCAUCAGCACUCCUGAGUCGCCCGUGAGUUUGAGGACUCUCGAGAAAAGCUUCACCAAAGUCCUUUCCGAGUCGCCACGGGCGGUGAGCCCCCGGCGUGCCUUGCGCCGGGAUGACCGGCUGCUGCGGCCUGUGGCAGAGGUGAUACAAGCAUUGGCUGCAGCCAUAGGUGAUGGCAAAGCGGUAGCGAGCGAGACGUCGCAAAGUUCCUUCCAGCGACAAUGGCAGCAGUUCCAGGAGCAGGUCCGCGGCCGCGUGGAUGGCGCAGCAACACGAGAUUCCGCGGCACGCAGGGCUUCGCGGCUCAAAGGCGCAGUCACAGUGGAAAGUGUGGCUCCGGAGGUUGACCUUCCCGCUGUGCCGCCAGAACCCAGCGUGACGCUGCCGACGCAGCGACAGAAAGUGGUCGUUUCUGAGGAGAAAGCUUCCAGCGGAGCCAUCUUGGCUGCUGCUGCAUGCAUGGCUGGGACUAGUCACAAGUGGAGUGCUGUGGCUGGUGAAAACUGCCAGCUGCUUGUGAUGAAUAGCAAGUUCUUGGGGCGUGCCAUCAAAAAGGAGCUGAAACGACGUCGCAGUGAGCGUCAGCAGAUGUUGCUGAACGCUCUGGGAGGUCCUUUGAAGACCUUGGAGGAGGAGAAGUUGCUGACUCUUGCCACUGCUGCAAGGACCAUACUCUACAGGCGUGGGGAAGUGCUAUGCCAGGAGGGCGAAAUGAGAGCAGCAGCCAGCCAGAGCCGUUUGCUCGUGUUGAUGCUGGGGGAGGCUCGGUGCUUAAGAAUCGACGAAAAGGCGCCAAAGCGUGCGCUGGGAUUGUCACAGAGCAGGCGGAUGGCGGCAAUGCAGAGCGCUGGCACCUUGCUGCCCGGCCACGCGGUGAACGCUGCCUCCAUCAUGGCGGAGGAACCGGAGCCCUUCACCGUGGUUAUCGACACUGUGGAAGCGUUGGUGCUUACUUUGCCCGUCAGCGAUUUGGCCCGGAUGAUGUCAGUACAAAUGAUGGAGCAGUUGAAGGUCACGGCAUCGGAGCGUUCGGCCUGGCGUCGCAGCCAGGGCGCCGCGAUGCAGGCGGAAGCCACCACGACAACAAACACGGCCUUGAGCAGAGCCAAAGAGCCCCCAAAGGAGGAACUUGCUCGUUUAGAGACUGUGUUGCACGACCGUCCGGAGAUUCUGUGUCAGUCCCCGCGGCAGCCGCCCGGUAUCAGCCACGAGGAGGGUAGAGACAUGAUGACCAGCAGCCUCUCUGUGCGCCGCGCGCCGACCUCCAUCGAGUGCCCCAAAAUUCAUCCGGCCUUGAUCCAUUCCCACCUGAAAGCGAAAGACAUGAGGUUUAAAGCGCGGCAAACCAUGCCCAUGCUAACCCAGGAGACCGAGACGUCACGCACCACGGACAGCGAUGUCAUGCGAAGCUGCGAUGAUUGGGGUUUCAGGAGGGUGCAAAAGAGGCAGAGCCUCCGAAGGGCGCGCACGCUCCGAGGCGCAUCUGGCGACAUGGUCGAAACGGAAGCAAUUGCAGGACUAGACAACGCGUUGGAGGACAUUGCCACGUCGUGCAGCAGUUUUCAGGCCUUUAGUGACCCUCGCCCGGUGGUCGCGAAGCGCGCAACAGUUGGUGUACAGCCGCGGGCACAGGGCGUUACCGAGGGCGGCUUUGCCUCAGGGUCAGCCAGGAAGUGUCCACCAGUCCCGACAUCUCCAAUGAAGGGGAUGGAAGGAAAUCUUCGUGUGGCAAGCAUCGAGCAGUUCCUCGAAAAAGGCAGCCAUUCCUGGCGCGGCUGGGGCAAGUUCGGGAGACCGCGCACCCUGGCAAAGCUGGACGAUGAACAUCUGAGCCAGGUUCUGCCCACGGUGUAGAUGUCUCACGCCAACAUAUUGCGCUGUUGGAUGGGGCCCAAAAAGAUCGGGGUCCAACAAGGGUCAACCCUUUGGAUG